GCAUUCUAACUCACUAUAAUCUUCUUGGUUAUUAUCAUUAUCAUAUUCAGAGUAUAAGAUUUCUUGGUUAUCGUAUUCAAAGCAUAAGAUCAAUGGCAUCAAGUAAAGAAUUCAAGGAAGACAGAGCCGAAGCAGCUGCAAAGCUAGCAGCAAAAGACAUCGGCGAUGUAAACAGAACAAAUGAAAGAGAACAUGGUUACGAUCUUCGGUCUGAAGCACAGUUCAAACAAGCACGAGCUGAAGCAGCUGCGAAACUCGCUGCUAAGGAUCUUGAAGAUGUUAACCGAGCAAGAGAGAGUGGAUUCAAUGCACAAGAGAAGAAACCAGGUGUCAUUGGUUCAAUGUUUAAAGCAGCGAAAGAAGCUGUCAUUGGUAAGAGUAAUGAACCUCAUGAAAAAGUGAGGGAAACUUCAGAUUAUGGUGCAGAGAAAGCGAGGGAUGUGAGAGAUACUACUUCGAACAAAGCCGGAGUGUAUGCUGAUUAUGCUGCAGAGAAAGCGAGAGAAGCGAAGGAUGCUACUAAUAAAGCAGGUGCAUAUGCUGAUAAUGCUGCAGAGAAAGCAAGAGGAGCGAAAGAUGCUACAAAUAAAGCAGGACAGUAUGCUGAUAGUGCUGCAGAGAAUGUAAGGGGAGCCAAAGAUGCUACCGAUAAAGCUGGGCAUUAUGCUGCUACUGCUGCAGAGAGAGCAAAAGGAGCGCAAGAUGUUACAAAUAAAGUAAGUGAGUAUGCUGCUAAUGCUGCAGAGAAGGCAAGAGGAGCUAAAGAUGUUACUAAUAAAGCAGGUGAGUAUGCUGAAUAUGCUGCAGAGAAAGCUAGGGAAGCGAAAGCAUGGGAGGAGAAACAAAACUAUGCUGCAGAGAAAGCCAGGGAAAACGAACAGAAGUAUGCUGCAGAGAAAGCUAGGGAAGCGAAAGCACGGGAGGACAUAAACCAUGCUGCAGAGAAGGCGAGAGAAGCUAAAGAUGCUGCAGCUAAUAAAGCGGGAGAGUAUAGGGAUUAUACAGCGGAGAAGGCUAAAGAAGGGAAAGAUGCUACAGUCGGGAAGCUUGGGGAGUUGAAGGAUUCUGCUGCUGAUGCUGCUAAAAGAGCAAUGGGUUUCUUUACUGGAAAGAAAGAUGAAACUAAGGAAAUACUGCGUGGCAGUGAGGAAGAUGCGAGGAUGAGAAUGGACGAUUUAACGAUUGCAGGAGGAGGGAGGGGCAGAGAGAGAGUGGUGGUGGAGGUGGAUGAGAGUCGUCCGGGAGUGGUGGCGGAUGGGUUGAGGGAAGCGGCGGAAGUGAGGACAGCGGUGACGGGAGUAAGUCAGAGUGGUCAGGGACGUUUGGAGGAAGAAGGCACAGUUCAUGUUGAGCGUCGUCGUGAGAAAAUAUGAUCAUCUAUCAUCAUCAUGUAGAAUGUUGUUGCUACAUAUCGCUACUACUACAUAAUCACUAGUUUUUUCUUUUCUUUUUUUGUAAUAUAGUGUGUUUUGUAAUAAUAAUACUGUGUUGUUUACUGUUUUUAA